AUGUGUACUAAAACGGAUGAUGAAGGACGUCUUAAAAAUACAUUUAAAAUGACAAAUCAAGAAGUUGAAUUAUUUCGUCAAACUGGUGGUGGUAAUGGGAAAAUUGUAUUUCAAGCAUCAGUACGAAAUAAAAAUUUAAAAGGAACAGGUGAAAUUUUCUUAUGUGAUGAUCAUGGUGUUACAUUUAUAAGUGAUAUUGAUGAUACAAUUAAAAUAACUGAAGUAACAUCUUCAACACAAACACUUAUUAAUACAUUUAGUGGUGAUUUUAAAGCUG